AUGUUGAACGUAGAGUUUAUCUCGAUUUUUCAGCUUUACACCUGUCUGCAAAACUACCUUACUCUAUGUGUGUUUGGAUCGCCAUCCCUUGACUCUCUCGCGCCUUCUGAGAAAGAUGGCCGUGCCGCUAGAGGGGAGUCCGAGAAUUCCACUAUGCGUGAACGCAUGGACCAAGCCUUUGAAGCUUUAUGUGAUGAGAUGCAAUCCCCUGAAAUUACCGUUCUUCCGGAGCUGACGGGCUUAUCUCCUGAAGAGAUCGAGGAUACCCUGAAUGAAGAGGGGGUUCAAAUUACCACCGAAUCCCUUGUUCAUGCAAUUAGCCUGUAUGCCGGUGCUGGACUUCGCAAACCGCCGACUCGCGCUGUUGAGGGCCUUAUGGCUGCUGCACAAGAUACUCCACCUCAGACGGAUUUCGAUCACCGUGACUCAAGUGAAGACGAGGAUUCCGCAAAGUGCAGCGGCAACCUAGAUGGCCUUAUUUUGCUCGCGAGCGCGGCUGGGCUAGCGGAGUUGCUAACGAUGUUGGUCCGAAUCCGUGGUUCCACCAAUUUCGCAACCGAGCAGGACUGCACUCCCUUAAUGGAAGCUUGCGCAGCUGGGAACGUGCGUAGCGUGAAAUGCCUUCUGGAUCUGGGAGCCGAUGUCAAUGCUUAUUCCAUCACUCAGAACACCCCACUUAUCUAUGCUGCUGCAGCUGGACAGGAAAAGGUUGUUCGUAUGUUGCUGGAUCACAAAUGCAAUCUGGACUUAAGAAACGAAAACGGACAUUGUGCAUUGAUGGAGGCGGCUAGUGCAGGUACAUUUUGCCAGGUGUUACCCUUGCUUUGUUUCUUGUUUUGAUU